GCUUGUAUGAGCAGACCUGGGAAGAGCCUAUUGCCGUCCUCUCAGCUGAUAGCCGGCGACGCCUGUCAAGUCCAGCUCAAAAGCAUCAAGCCUCAAUAGGACACAUCAACCGUCGACAAGUCCUUUCAAUUUACUCCGAUACAAACUCGAGAGAAAAGGCUCCAAAAUGUCUCAGAAGAUCAAAGCUGGCUCUGUGGUCGAGAUGCAAGGAGAUGAAAUGACCAGAGUUAUAUGGGAACUAAUUAAGGAGAAACUCAUCUUCCCUUACCUGGAGCUCGACCUGCACAGCUAUGAUCUGGGAAUGGAGAACCGUGAUGUCACUGACGACAAGGUGACAGUAGAUGCGGCAGAGGCUGUGAGACGCUACAACGUUGGCAUCAAGUGCGCCACCAUAACGCCUGACGAGAAGCGUGUGGAGGAGUUCAAACUUAAGCAGAUGUGGCGCUCUCCCAAUGGGACAAUCCGGAACAUCCUUGGUGGCACUGUGUUCAGAGAAGCUAUUAUCUGUAAAAACAUUCCCCGCUUGGUUCCAGGCUGGAUCAAGCCCAUUAUAAUCGGCAGGCACGCGCAUGGAGACCAAUACAAGGCCACAGAUUUUGUUGUGCCCGGUCCGGGAAAAGUAGAGAUGUCAUACACACCCAAGAACGGAGGAGAGCCAGUCAAGUUUGUUGUCCAUGACUUUGAAGGUACUGGUGGAGUUGCCCUGGGGAUGUACAACACAGAUAAUUCCAUCCGCGACUUCGCUCACAGCUCUUUCCAGAUGGGGCUGACCAAAGGCUGGCCCAUGUACCUCAGCACUAAAAACACAAUUCUAAAAAAAUACGACGGGCGCUUCAAAGACAUCUUUCAGGAGAUCUAUGAAAAGGAGUACAAACCUCAGUAUGAGGCCAAAGGCAUCUGGUAUGAACAUCGGUUAAUAGAUGACAUGGUGGCUCAGGCCAUGAAGUCCGAGGGAGGCUUUAUCUGGGCUUGCAAGAACUAUGAUGGAGAUGUGCAGUCAGACUCUGUAGCUCAGGGUUAUGGGUCAUUAGGAAUGAUGACCAGUGUGCUUAUUUGUCCGGACGGGCGUACGGUAGAAGCUGAGGCCGCCCACGGGACUGUCACACGGCAUUAUCGAAUGCACCAGCAGGGCAAGGAGACCUCCACCAACCCCAUCGCAUCCAUCUUUGCAUGGUCAAGAGGACUGCUCCACCGGGCAGAGUUGGAUAAGAAUGGCGAGCUGAGAGUAUUUGCAGAGGCAUUGGAGGCUGUUUGUGUCGAAACCAUCGAAGCCGGUUUUAUGACUAAGGAUCUGGCCAUCUGCAUUAAGGGCAUGUCCGGCGUCACACGCGCAGACUACCUCAACACUUUUGAGUUUCUGGACAAACUGGCUGAGAAUCUGAAGAUCAAAUUGUCGAGCCAACCCAAACUGUAAAGCUGCGGGGUGUUCUUGACGUGACAGACGCACACACUGACUCGUAACCCUCGACCCACGCCAAGCAACCAACUCUCUUAGUCUCAUCCACUGUCUGACUGUGACCAAAGACAGAAGUUAUGGACCGUACCACUACAACCAGUAGGGGGAGCAGUGCACUUUCAGCUGGGAAACAUGAAAGUGCCUUUUUAAAUGGAAGGAGCUACCGUCUUUACACUUUAAGAAACAAACGGCUGAUAUGCAUUUGCUACUUUGAAUACAUGUUUCCUUAUCCGUCUCAGUGUGUAAUUGUCUUGUCUUCGAAAGAUGCCUGUAUUAAGAGGAGUGAGAUUAGGUUUUAACAGAGUAAAUAGCAACAUGGCAGUUAAUACCUGAUUUAACUGUAAUGCCUGUAGUUACAAUCAUUAGACAUUCCUUUUCACUAUUUUGGUCAAACACUCAAUGCCACUGUCUGUCAUCUGUUUGCAAAUGAAUAUGGGUGUAUGCAGCAUAGAUCAUAUUCUAUGCCUCUUUUCAUUGUGGUCUGUGUGCUCAUGUGAUCAGGUUUUGGACCUUAAUAAUAAAUAAGUUUUUAAGAGAUUAAAAUGGA